ACCGCAGAAAUCAUACAUCGGGCGCGCUACAGAGCGCAUUUACCGGCCGCUGAUAGGCCCAGACUCCUGUAAACGUGCGCAAUGGCUUUCGCUGUGGCUCGCCCAGGGGCACUGCGCCCCUUCAGCGCCCAGUGCGGACCGAGCGUGCGUUUGGCAAAGCCUGGUCUUCUCCGCACACCGGCUAUUGCAGCUCGCCCCCGGGUGCAGACCAAUGCGGCGGCUUUGUCAGUUCCAGUAAACCAGUUGACGGAUGAGGAACGCGCGCAAUUGGCUCGUGAGCUGGGAUACAAGUCGAUUGGGCGCGAGCUUCCCGACAAUGUGACCUUGACGGACAUCGUUAAGAGCAUGCCGUCGGAGGUCUUCGAGCUGGACCACGGCAAGGCGUGGCGCGCCGUCCUCACCUCGGUCACAGCCAUGGCCGCCUGCCUUUACCUCAUCAGUAUCAGCCCAUGGUACCUGCUGCCGUUCGCCUGGGCUCUGGCUGGCACCGCUUUCACCGGGUUCUUCGUGAUUGGCCACGAUUGCGGCCACCGCAGCUUCCACAAGAACAACCUUGUGGAGGACAUUGUGGGCCACAUUAUGUUUGCGCCGCUCAUCUACCCGUUUGAGCCGUGGCGGAUCAAGCACAACCACCACCACGCUCACACGAACAAGCUGGUUGAGGACACCGCCUGGCACCCGGUCACUGAGGCGGACAUGUCCAAGUGGGAUCCCACCUCGGCCUUCCUGUACAAGGUAUUCCUUGGUACCCCGCUCAAGCUGUGGGCCUCUGUGGGGCACUGGCUGGUGUGGCACUUUGACCUCAACAAGUACACGGAGAAGCAGCGACCGCGCGUCGUUAUCUCUCUUGCGGUGGUGUACGGCUUCAUGGCCCUAGCCUUCCCGUCGCUGAUCUACUACACCGGUGUGUGGGGCCUUGUCAAGUACUGGCUGAUGCCCUGGCUCGGCUACCACUUCUGGAUGUCGACCUUCACUGUGGUGCACCACACGGCGCCCCACAUCCCCUUCAAGAAGGCCGAGGAGUGGAAUGCCGCUAAGGCCCAGCUCAGCGGUACUGUGCACUGCGACUUCCCUGAGUGGGUGGAGUUCCUCACGCAUGACAUUUCCUGGCACGUGCCGCACCACGUCUCAUCCAAGAUUCCCUGGUACAACCUGCGCAAGGCCACCGAGUCCCUCCGCCAGAACUGGGGCCAGUACAUGACUGAGUGCACCUUCAACUGGCGUGUGGUGAAGAACAUCUGCACCGAGUGCCAUGUGUACGACGAAGCCGUCAACUACAAGCCAUUUGAUUACAAGCAGGAGGAGCCUCUCUUCGCAAUCCAGCGCAAGGUCCUUCCCGACACGGCCACCUUCUAAACGAGCCGGCAGCUUAUGCACCCGGCUGGUGUGCAGCCGUGGCUCCGUAAUUACGGCCGGAUUGGAGGUUCGGGGUUGUGAUGGGGACGGGGUGCGCGGUGCGUGGAUGGUCUGUCCUGCCACCCAUGUUCCGUGAUCGCGUCCUUUCCCAUUGCGUCAGUUCCCGUGCGAGGGCAGUGGUCGGUCCCGGGAUUCGGCAUGUCGGGGGAGGGAUUGAAUCGGUGGGUGCAUCCUGGGUGCGCUUCUUUCCUCGAGCCUGCACGGCGUUGUGGGGAAGCACGCGGGGCCCCUGGCCCUGUCGUCGCCUUGGUCCUCUUGGGAAUUCCGCAUCCUGCUUUGUUGCUGUCCUGUUGUGGCAGCGAUGGACACGGAUUGGUUUCUGUUCUGGAUUGGGUUGUCACAAGCCGUGGUGAACUUGGAAGAGGGAAAGGAGACUCACCCUAAAAUGCUUGUCAUAAGAAGAAUUUCCAUCCUCCUAGUGGUUCUACUGCUUGUUUUGUGGUGUUUGUUUGUCCACUUUCUUUGACGUCGUGAUGGGCAUCGUUGCAUAAACAAUUCCUCGUUUAUUCGGCUAUGUCCAUUCGCGAUAGUGACAACUAAGAUUUCCUUCGUUGUGGCUGGAGGCUCCGACGGUGAGGGUUUCGAAAUGUAUCGCGGGAGUGUUGAGAUGCGCAUGCGCGUGGAGAGGACUGUGUGGAGGGAUGCUUGGAGAGACGCGAAUGCGUGUGCUGGUAGCGGGCUAUGUGCGUGUAUUCCUACUGUGUGUAUGCCUACUGUAUGAUGCGUGAGAGCAUGUAGAAGUGUAGAAACGGGCACGCUUGUCCAGGCACAGGGCAGGAAGGGGCAUGUGUCAUUAUGGUGAACUGUGCAUGCUUCGCCGCUGCGUUCAUGGCGAGCGUUGACGCCGUGGUUGACUGCGGUUCACAGAUUCCUGUGAUUGUAAUUAACAUGGUGUGGCUUUCGAAGGUGUUCAGUGCACACGAAAGUGACAUGCCGCGCAUGGUGUUGUAUGGUAUAUAGGUCUGUAGGUUGUGGGUUUACAUAACGUCGUGCUGCCUGAGUGCUGGCAACAAAUUUUGGGUAUUUUAACAUGUUCUAUUCUAAUGUGUAUUUGACAAUCGCGGCCCGUUGCGCACCUGCUCAAGGUUGACAGAUCGUACCGUUGCAGCUGCGUCAGACACCGCAUCCUGUUGAGUGGCACUCGCGGGACAAACCGGCUUAGGCAUUGACUAAGUCAUAAUUCUGUAACACAAGCGUCAUUG